GCCAGUCAGUGCUGCCUAUCAGUGCCACCUAUCAGUACCGCCUAUCAGUGCCAUCAGUGCCUCCUCAUCAGUGCCCAUCAGUGCCACCUAUCAGUGCCCAUCACUGCAGCCUCAUUAGCGCACAUCAGUGAAGGAAAAAAAUCACUUAUUUACAAAAUUUUAUAACAAAAACUAAACACAAAACAAAACUUUCAAAAUUUUCAGUGGUUUUUGGUUUGUUUAGCAAAAAAUAAAAAACCCAGAGGUGAUUAA